AUGGCUUUCACCCCGAUCUCCUGGUUGUAUUCCCUCAUCCAAUGGAUUCUGGACAUGGUCUUCUCGCCCAGUCCCCCUCCCCCGGGAGCCCAUUUGCGUCGGCCAAAAAUCGCCGUCGUCGGUGCCGGUCUCUCCGGUGUCUCAGCGGCUGCACAUUGUGGAGGACACGGGUUUGAAGUUACGUUGUUUGAAGCAGAAGGCAAAGAUCGUCUUGGGGGGAUAUGGACUCAUGUCAACACCACAUCAGGACUCCAGAUCCACAGUUUGAUGUACAGGUUUCAUCCUUCGAUCAAGUGGAGCGAUGGAUAUCCCAAACAGAACCAGGUCGUCAACCAAAUCCGACAACUGUGGCAUAGAUAUAGCCUUGAAGAGAGAACCAAAUUCAACACUCGGGUCGAAAGAGUCUACAAGGACAAACAGGGCCGCUGGAUCAUCAACGACCCCUCAAACGGCAGAUUUGACGGUAUCAUACCAGCGAUUGGAACUUGUGGAGCCCCUAAAAUAGCCCAACUGCCAGGUCCAGAAUCUUUCAAGGGCGAGAUCGUACAUUCCUCCGAUCUAGAUAACAGGGAAGCGAAAGGGAAGAAAAUUCUGAUUGUUGGUGGCGGGGCCAGCGCAGUCGAGGCCUUAGAAUGGGCUGUGAACACCGAUGCCGCGGAGAUCAAGGUAUUAUCUCGAUCCGACAAAUGGAUUAUACCUCGGAAUGCAUUCAUCGAUGGACUUCUGGCUUUCAACAUUUUUGGUCAGGAAACACUUCUGUCCUGGAUUCCGGAGAAUCUGCUCCGCAUCUUCUUCUAUCGAGAUCUCAAAGAUAUAGCUCCAGCGGACAAAGGUCUCUUCACGGAAACUCCAAUGGUAAACUCCGAGAUCUUCGACCAAAUUCGAGCGGGCAAAGCAGCCUGGUUACGAGGCGACAUUGAAGAAGUUCGAGAGAACGGGAUCCUUUUCAACCACCGAGCAAAGGGCGUCCCCAAAGGCGGGCCCGGCCUUCACAGACUUGUCGAAGGAGAUAUGAUUAUCAUGGCUACCGGCUACAAGCGCCCAAGUCUAGAUUUUUUACCAGACGAGAUCUUCGAGGAUGAUUAUCUACCACCUCGAUGGUUCCUCCAGUGUUUCCCUCCCGCCGCUCCUUCAAUUUGUGCAAUCAAUGCAACAUAUGUCUCGGCCAUUGGGACUGUCGGUUCUUAUCACAUUGGCAUCUACACACGAAUGUUGCUGAUGUUUCUCGUCGACCCUCUCGCGGCCCCUCGCCCCUGGUGGAUGAAGCGAUGGGUUGACUUCACAAGCGCUAUCAAAUCUCUGGCUCCAACAAAGGCCUUUGACUUUUUCACAUAUUCGGAACUUAUCUACUGGUUUUGCUUCGUUACGAUAAUCAAUCCUUUCCGAUGGAAGUGGGCAUUCUUCGUCCUGUUUGGUAUUGGGAAAGACCUCCCAGCGAAGAUUGUGGGAGAAGAGGAUCGAUUGAGAAACGGUAUGGGCUACAUCAAGAGCAAAUACGCCGACUAG